CUCAGAGCUCCGCGAUGCGCAUCUCCCCGCCGGUUCUCCCUGUGUUUGCAGUCCGUUCAGCGUCGGUUUGCGGAUCCGCCGUCCGUCCAUGAGAAGUGCAGCGGCGGCGCUGUCGGUGUGUGUGCUCGCGGUGUUGCUCCACUGGAUUUGCUGGACGGACAGAAGCGCGGAGCUGCUGGGUUUCAGAGCUGCAGACAGACCGAAGGCUGAUGUGCGAGAGGUGUUGGUGGGUGUUUUAUCAGCUCGUCACAAUCAUGAGCUCCGGCAGGCCAUCAGAGACACGUGGCUGGGGUACCUAAAACAGCACCCGCACUUCCAGAACCGG